AUGACUGACUUGUCUCUACUGCGGGCAUUGGAUAGUCAAGAUCGGGUGGAGACUGAACGACUUUUGGAAGAGGAGCCGCUACAAGUCUCAGUGAGAGAUCCCGAGGAUCGUGUAGCGCUGCACUAUGCAGCCGAAACGAUGGAUUUGGAAAUGUUCAAAAAAAUCCUCGAAAGUGAUCUCACCCUUCUCGACUGCGAGGAUAAAAACGGGUAA